AUGGGGAGAGCAGCAGCGUGGAUAUAUCCCUUACUUUUAUUGGUAGUCAGUGACUUGAUUCAUGGACAGAAUGCAACAGAUACAUCAAAUACUACUACAACUCCUCCAGUUGAGACAUCUUCAAUAUCUGAACGAUCAACAACUACAACACCAAUGUCUACAUCCACAACAGAACCAACAAGUUCACCAGAAGCAAUAACAACAGAGAACACCACUCAGCCAUUAAUAACUACAUCAAGUGUUUCUACAACUAAUCCUAUGGAAUCAUCUUCAACAUCUGUACAAUCAACAAGUACAACACCAAUCGCUACAUCCACAACUGUAUCAACAACUUCAUCAGAACCAACAAGUACGGAGACGUCCACUCAGCCAACAACAACUACAUCAAAUGUUUCUCCAACUAUUUCUACAGAAUCAACUUCAACAUCUGUUGAAUCAACAACUACAACACCAACCUUUACAUCCACAACUGCACCAACAAUUACAUCAGAACCAACAACUACGGAGACAUCUACUCAGCCAACAACAACUAAUUCAGGUGCUUCUCUGACUACUCAUAUGGAAUCAUCUUCAACACCUGUGCAAUGGACAAUGACAAUACCAAUCUCAAUAUCUACAACUGCAACAACAAUUACAUCAGAACCAACAAGUACAGAGACUUCCACUCAGACAGCAACUGCUUCAACUGUUUCUACAACAGUUGCUACGGAAUCAACUUCAACACCCGUGCAAUCGACAACUACAUUACCUAUCCCUACAUCUACAAGUGCAAUAACAACUACACCAGAAUCAACAAGCACGGAGACAUCCACUCUGCCAACAACAACUGCUUCAACUGUUUCUACAACAGCUUCUACGGAAUCAUCUUCAACACCUGUACAAUCAACCACUACAAUACCAAUCACUACAUCUACAACUGCACCAACAACUGCAUCAGAACCAACAAGUACGGAGACUUCCACUCAGCCAACAACAACUACAUCAAGUGUUUCUACAACUACUCCUACGGAAUCAUCUUCAACACCUGUACAAUCAACAACUACAAUACCAAUCGCUACAUCCACAACUGCACCAACAACUUCAUCAGAACCAACAAGUACGGAGACUUCCACUCAGCCAACAACAACUAGCUCAAGUACUUUGACUCUUCCUGAGGAAUCAUCUUCAACACCUGUACAACCAACAACUACAAUACCAAUCGCCACAUCCACAACUGCAGCAACAACUGCAUCAGAACCAAUAAGUACAGAGACUUCCACUCAGCAAAUAACAACUAUAUCAAGUGUUUCUAUAACUACUCCGACUGAAUCAUCUUCAACAUCUGUACACUCAACAACUACAACGCCAAUCUCUACAUCAACAAUUGCACCAACAACUACAUCAGAACCAACAAGUACAGAGACUUCCACUCAGCCAACAACAAAUACCUCAAGUACUUUGACUACUCCUGUUGAAGCAAGUUCUUCACCUGUACAAUCAUUAAGUACAAUAUCCAACUUUACAUCCAUAACAGCACCAACAAGUACACCAGAACAAAGGAUACAGAGUUCCUCUCAGCCAAUAGCAACACAACGCAAAGUAAUCCUAAGGUUUACUGUCUCAAGUGAGGAUGUGAAUUUGGCUGAUCAACUAAUAAGAGAGAAGGUUCUCCAAAAUCUUCAAUUGUUCGCCCAGAAACUAAUAGUAGAGGGAAUAAGAAGAGAUCAGUGAAAUCUGCAAUUUAUGCUGUACUGCACUUCACAUCGCAAGCUGAAUAACAGUGUGAGAGUUCAAGUGGGACAAGAAUGUUUCAUUGUUGUACCAUAUAAUUUAAAUUUUACAUUUGUCUCCUUUACGAUCUUGACCAUCUCUGCUCUAAUUAAAUUAUUGUUGAUUAGCAAUAUAAUUGGGAAUGUCAUUAAACCACAUCUAUUAACAUUUCCAUUGUUAGAUACAUGAAACAAUUUAAAGCAGGCACACUGUUAACUAAAAGUAACGCUAGAAUAUUUGAAAAGGUACUCCAAACAAUUUUUGUGCUGUUAGUCAGGAAGACCUGGAUGUAGAUUUUCAAAUUAUUCCCUGAUGUAAAAUUGCUAUCAUAUAUUAUAAUAUAAUUAUUAACAUUUUUAUUUUCAAUUUUCUUGAAACCAAUCUGAUUGAAUGACAGAAAUUUAAAUUUAGAGGCAUUUGAAUUCCCUUUUCUGUAAUCUUGUUGGAGGUGCUUUUGCCUCUACUUCAGUAGUAAAUAUAAUUAUUAACAUUUAUAUAUUAUUGUUAAAUUAAACAAUAUCCCAAUGCACCGCUGAGGAACUAGAAAACAAAAUACAACCCCGAGCUACAUAAAGAGAUGUUAGGGCAUAAGAUCAUAAAAUAUAGAAGCAGAAUUAGGCCAUUUGGCCCAUUGAGUCGGCCCUGCCAUUUGAUCAUGGCUGAUGUUUCUCAACCCCAUUCUCCUCCCU